AUGAUGACAGGCCAAAAUACAAGACUGUUCGGAUAUUUUCUGAUCAUAGCUUGAGUGUUUUCAGAUCAAAUUUUCUCGAUAUGGAUUUCGAUGAACUAUAUGAUUGCGUUGAUGUAAAUGAGUGCUUUCGAAUAUUUUUAGAUAAAGUGCAAUCUCUAAUGAGAGAGUGUUUUCCUUUCAGAAAGAUAGCAUGUCGAGGAAAUGUUGAUAAACGAUGGAUCACUGAUGAGAUCAAAAUGGCUAGCGUAAGAUUGAAAGAUAUAUACUGGUUACAUGCUAAUAUCAGAUCGUCUGAUUCACUCGAAAUGUACAGGAGAGCCAAAGUAGAUUAUAAUUUGUUGCUUCGUAGAAGCAAAUGUCAGUACUAUAGCGGAUAUAUAAAGUAUGGAUAAAUUACCUAGUCACCACUCUUACAAUACACGGAACGUAGAAGUUUUAACUCUUCCUAAACACAAAACAGCAAGAUAUGAACGUUCACCCACUUAUCAGGGCAUAAAAAUCUAUAAUAAAUUACCAGCUUGUUUCAAAUCCUUAAGUUUAAUCCGUUUCAAGAAA